AUGGUGAAAUACUUUUCUGUGGACUGGCUGGCCCAGAACCAUCACAAUAACAUUCAGGGGCACUGUGCUGACAUGGACACGACCCUUACCUGCAAACCUCACAUUCCCUGCAUGGUGCAGCCAAGCCCACCGCCCAUUGGCAAAGGUUACCUGCAGAUAAAGUCCAAAGCAGUUAAACGCUUCGAACACUCGGGGCCAGCGGAGAGCUGCGGGGCCGAGGACUCAACACUGUGCUCGCCACUGGAUUCAUCAAGCUGCACCCCACCGAUUUGUGACGUCAGCGAGUACCUCUGCGGGUAUGAGAGCGACCGGGUUUCCCCGGAUAGACUCUCCGUGGACGAGGGGAACGAGGGGAGAAAAGACGCGGGACCCCAACGCCGAGUUCGCACAAAGUUUUCGUCCGAGCAGAUCAAAAAACUGGAACGGAUAUUCAUCAAACAGAAAUAUUUGGAUUCCGGGGAGAGAGAGAAGACGGCACAAAAGCUGAACCUCACAGAAACUCAGGUGAGGACCUGGUUUCAGAACCGAAGGAUGAAGCUGAAACGGGAAUUCCAAGACUAUCUCACUCCCCCAGUCCCGCCGGUCAUUUUUCAGCCUCUGUCUCCGGUUCAGUACCACAGCAUGAGUUAUUAUGAGGAGAUGACUCCACGGACAAAGGAUGCCGCGCUUCAUUCGCGAGACAUCAGUGAAAUCGUGGAAUUUACAAAGGAAUCAAGAAGUCGAUACUCUGCAACAUCGCCAAACAACAGAUGCGACAACUCUUCUGGGUCCGAGAGUGAAGUGGGAGAUGACAGCGAGGGGGAGGCCACCCAGCAGAGGAGACUCAGGACCAAGUUCACAUCCGAACAAGUUAGCAAACUGGAGCAUACUUUCAGCAAGCAGAAAUACCUGGGUGCUACGCAGCGGAGGAAAAUCGCCGAGGAGCUGAAUCUUUCUGAAACCCAAGUGAAAACGUGGUUCCAGAACAGGAGGAUGAAACUAAAAAGGGAGGUCCAGGACAGAAGGACGGAGUUCCUGACAGUGCAGACCUCUCUUCUGCCUCCGAUGCUGUUUCAGCACCCAUUCCUCACCGGACAGCUCCCCGCCAGCUGCGGCUUCUACCCGCAACUGCACCCGCUCCCCGCACCUCUGCACCAUCACCCCUCCCACCCCGUUCUUCUGCCGCCGCCAAACUACUUCUGA